GUUCAUUAGUUCUUAGUAGUUACAUAAUAGUAUUAGUGAUUCACAUUAUAAAUAAUUAAGCACUCAUUUUUGCUCUAGCAGAAAGACGAGGAUGAAGAACUAUAUCUUCAUUUCACUUCUAAUAUUGUUGAGCCAUCUCUAUUAAUUAAAUGCAGAAAUCGACGCAAAUCAUAGUAGUAAUAUCAGUGUAGUGAAGGAAAUUCAGGUUGGAGUAAUUCUGGAUAUGGGAUCAUUGGUUGGGAAGGUUGUUAAUAGCUGCAUUAGCAUGGCUAUAUCUGAUUUUUAUGCUCUUAACACACACUACACAACAAGGAUACUUCUUCACAUCAGGGAUUCCAAGGGAGAACCCCUACGUGCUUUGUCUGCCGUUCUUGAUCUUUUGGAGAAUAUGAAGGUGCAAGCAAUCAUAGGUCCAGGAACCUCACCUGAAGCGAUGCUCUUGGCUGCAUUGGGGGACAAGGCCAAAGUUCCUAUCCUUUCUUUUUCUAGGACUCCGUCGCCAACAGAAUAUUCAUACCUUGUUCAACUUACACAAGACCAAACCCUUGAAUUUUAUGGUGUUGCUUCCGUUGUGGAAUCAUUUCAAUGGACGAAUGUCAACUUCAGUUAUUCGUUUGCAUGCCGUUUUUAACAGAAAUACACAGCAAUUUAUAUGUGUGUGUGCAUAUAAUAAACGUAAAUAUGAAAAAAGAAAAGCAUUAUCAGACGUUUAAGAGACGUUUUCUUCCACAAUGACUUUGUCCACAACCAAAAUAAUUCAAUGUAAAAUAGUCAUUGGUUGAUUUUGCAAUUGUUGAAAAUUAUAAUAGUCAAUCUUAACCAUGUGGUCAAGAGUACUGAAUGUUGGACGA